UACACUUCCUCAGAAGAAGGCUUCUGGGUGCCUUGAAGAACAUUCUGAAGAUUGUUUAGAAGAGAAUACAUCAAGGAUCUCCUUAUUGGGUUUUUCUAGAACAAAAGACAGGAGCUCCCUAAUGUAACCACAUAAGUGUUUAUUUACAGGAAACAUAUAGAUUUUCUUUGUUUAAAAAAAAAAAAAUCCAUUUUGCAAGAUGUCACUUACCAAUUCUUCCAGUGUGUUUCUGGACCCAGUCCCCAGUAAUACCACGCGCUUUCAGGUUAAUGUCAUAAAUGAAGGCUAUGACAACUGUGCUGCUGCAGAUAAUAGCACUGACCCUCCACAUUAUGAAGAAACCUCUUUUGGGAAUGAAGCCCAGAACAAACUCAGAAUCAGUUUUAGGCCUGGGAAUCAAGAGUGCUAUGACAAUUUCCUCCAAAACGGAGAAACUACUAGAACAGAUGCCAGUUUUCAUGUCUAUGACUCUCACACAAACACAUACUACCUACAAACCUUUGGCCACAACACUAUGGAUGCUGUGCCCAAGAUCGAGUACUAUCGCAACACCGGCAGCAUCAGCGGGCCCAAGUUCAAUCGACCCAGCCUGCUUGAGAUACAUGAGCAACUUGCAAAGAAUGUGGCCGUGGCUCCUGGGUCAGCUGACAGGGUUGCUAAUGGAGAAGGGAUGCCUGGAGAAGAGCAAACUGAAAACAAGGAAGACGAUGAUAAGGGCGGUGCUGUGAAGUUUGGAUGGGUGAAAGGUGUGCUGGUAAGAUGCAUGCUAAAUAUCUGGGGUGUCAUGCUGUUCAUCCGCCUCUCUUGGAUUGUUGGAGAAGCUGGAAUCGGUCUCGGAGUCAUCAUCAUUGGCCUGAGUGUGGUAGUGACAACACUAACAGGUAUUUCUAUGUCUGCUAUUUGCACAAAUGGAGUAGUAAGAGGAGGUGGGGCCUACUAUCUUAUUUCCAGAAGCUUAGGGCCUGAGUUUGGUGGGUCUAUCGGUUUGAUCUUUGCUUUUGCCAAUGCAGUGGCUGUUGCUAUGUACGUGGUAGGAUUUGCUGAGACAGUGGUGGAUCUUCUUAAGGAGAGUGAUUCAUUGAUGGUGGAUCCUACCAAUGACAUCCGGAUAAUAGGCUCCAUCACAGUCGUGGUUCUUUUAGGAAUUUCAGUAGCUGGAAUGGAAUGGGAAGCAAAGGCUCAAGUGAUUCUUCUAAUCAUUCUUCUUAUUGCUAUUGUAAAUUUCUUCAUUGGAACUGUAAUUCCAUCCAACCAUGAGAAGAAAUCGAGGGGCUUCUUUAAUUACCAAGCAUCAAUAUUUGCAGAAAACUUUGGACCAAGUUUCACAAAGGGAGAGGGCUUCUUCUCUGUCUUUGCCAUUUUUUUCCCAGCAGCCACUGGGAUCUUAGCUGGUGCCAACAUCUCAGGAGACUUGGAGGAUCCCCAAGAUGCCAUUCCCAGAGGGACCAUGCUGGCUAUUUUCAUCACCACCGUUGCCUACAUAGGAGUGGCCAUUUGUGUAGGAGCCUGUGUGGUCCGAGAUGCCACUGGGAAUCUGAAUGACACCAUCAUUGCUGGAAUGAACUGCAAUGGGUCGGCAGCCUGUGGGCUGGGCUAUGAUUUUUCGAGAUGUCGACGUGAACCGUGUCAGUAUGGGCUGAUGAACAAUUUUCAGGUCAUGAGCAUGGUGUCUGGGUUUGGCCCCCUCAUCACUGCUGGGAUCUUUUCUGCAACGCUCUCCUCCGCCCUGGCUUCUCUUGUCAGUGCACCAAAAGUGUUCCAGGCUCUGUGCAAGGACAACAUCUAUAAAGCCCUGCAGUUCUUUGCAAAGGGAUAUGGGAAAAACAACGAACCCCUGAGAGGAUAUCUUCUCACCUUUGUUAUUGCCAUGGCGUUCAUUCUUAUUGCGGAACUCAACACCAUCGCCCCCAUCAUCUCCAACUUUUUCCUGGCUUCAUAUGCACUUAUUAAUUUCUCCUGCUUCCAUGCCUCUUAUGCCAAAUCUCCAGGAUGGAGACCUGCAUAUGGCAUUUACAACAUGUGGGUAUCGCUGUUUGGAGCUGUUUUGUGCUGUGCGGUCAUGUUUGUCAUCAACUGGUGGGCUGCUGUCAUCACCUAUGUCAUUGAGUUCUUUCUUUAUAUCUAUGUGACUUACAAGAAACCAGACGUGAACUGGGGCUCCUCUACGCAGGCUCUUUCCUAUGUGAGUGCUUUAGACAAUGCUCUGGAACUAACCACUGUGGAAGAUCAUGUGAAAAAUUUCAGGCCCCAGUGCAUUGUCUUAACAGGGGGACCCAUGAUAAGACCUGCUCUCUUGGACAUAACACAUGCCUUUACCAAGAACAGUGGCCUUUGCAUCUGCUGUGAAGUCUUUGUGGGACCGCGCAAGCUGUGUGUUAAGGAGAUGAAUAGUGGCAUGGCGAAAAAGCAGGCCUGGCUUAUAAAGAACAAAAUCAAGGCCUUUUAUGCUGCCGUAGCAGCAGACUGUUUCAGAGAUGGUGUCCGAAGUCUCCUUCAGGCCUCUGGCUUGGGAAGAAUGAAACCAAACACUCUGGUUAUUGGAUAUAAAAAAAACUGGAGGAAGGCUUCCCUGGCAGAGAUUGAGAACUACGUGGGAAUCAUACAUGAUGCGUUUGAUUUUGAGAUUGGCGUGGUCAUAGUCAGAAUCAGCCAAGGGUUUGACAUCUCUCAGGUUCUUCAGGUGCAAGAUGAAUUAGAGAAGUUAGAACAUGAGAGACAGGCAUUGGAAGCCACAAUCAAGGACAGUGAAUGUGAAGAAGGAAGUGGAGGCAUCCGGGCCUUGUUUACAAAAGCUGGCAAGCUGAGCAUUACUAAGCCAACUCCUAAAAAAGACAGCAGCAUUAACACCAUCCAGUCGAUGCAUGUCGGGGAGUUCAACCAGAAACUGGUGGAAGCCAGUUCCCAAUUUAAAAAGAAGCAAGGAAAAGGCACAAUAGAUGUUUGGUGGCUAUUUGAUGAUGGAGGGUUGACACUCCUUAUCCCCUAUAUUUUGACGGUCAGAAAAAAAUGGAAAGACUGUAAAUUAAGAAUCUACGUUGGAGGGAAGAUCAACCGCAUCGAAGAAGAAAAAAUUGCAAUGGCUUCUCUUCUGAGCAAAUUUAGGAUAAAAUUUGCAGAAAUUCAUAUCAUUGGUGACAUCAACAUUAAACCAAACAAAGAAAGCUGGAAAGUCUUUGAAGAGAUGAUUGAACCAUAUCGGCUCCAUGAAAGCUGCAAGGAUUUAGCAACUGCUGAGAAAUUAAAAAGAGAAACUCCAUGGAAAAUUACAGAUGCAAUGUUGGAUACAGUCAAGGAAAAGAGUUACCGCCAAGUUCGACUGAAUGAACUCUUACAGGAGCACUCUAGAGCUGCUAACCUCAUUGUCCUGAGCCUUCCAGUGGCAAGAAAAGGAUCUAUUUCGGAUUUUUUGUACAUGGCUUGGUUGGAAAUCCUCACGAAGAACCUUCCUCCUGUCUUACUAGUCAGAGGAAAUCACAAAAACGUCCUGACAUUUUACUCUUAACGAUGAAAGGUUAACACACAUUUGAACUUUGUGUAUGACUAAUUAAGGAACAGGCCACACUCCUCUCUGUUUAAAUCUAACCUGAGGAUAUGCCGUUCUCUGGAGACUAGCCUGACACCUUCUAUCUUUUUCUUUUUUUAAAAAAUGGGAACCUUUUCUUUUAUAAAUUUAUAAAAGAGAGUUUCAAAGCCAGUGCUGCCCCUAAAAAUAUGUAUUUUGCCUUUGACAUUGAGUAACAAACAAGGAAACUAAUCAAAUUUGUACUCAUGAAAACCACCAACUUGAUUGUAAGCAUCUCCAGACAAACGUAAUCUUUUGUUUGCACAGUGUUUGCCUCUGUAGCCUGAAUAGGCCCCAGCCCACGGCAGAUUCUCAAUAAAUGCUUAUUGACAGCCUGGUCUAGUAACCAUGGGGGGCUAUCAAAGGCAAAGACCAACUUGGGAGGAAACGUGAUUAUUCUUGGCCCUGAGAGGCUUAUACUUACACAGAAGAUUUGGAAAUCAAUAACUGAAAACUUUAAGCAGUACUUGAGUCUACAAAAUGUUUAAAGAAGUUACCUAAAUAAGAUUUUUUAAUGUAAUACAGAUUAUAUACUUAGAGUGAUCUGAGUGAUCAUUAAUAACAUAUGGCUUGAAUUGGCUGCUGGCUAAAAAACAUAUCAGCUGCAUUAGAAGAAAACAUACAUUGCGAUUAAAUGGAAUACAUUCUCUUCUUGAUAGAUAAACUUUAAUUGUCUUCCUUACUAAAUAUUUUGAGAUUUCCAUCAUAGUACUAACUUUACAUAUCUUCCCUAAUUGAGUGUUUAGCAUAAUUGAAAUCUUUAUAGACAUCUAAUUGAAAUUCAAGUACCACAAAUGUUUGAAUGAUUAUAAAGAAAUAUAUCCUGAACCAUACACUUAGUUACUUUAGAGCAUGAUUAUAUGAGUCUAAAAGAAUAAAAAUGAAAAACUUGUAGAAAUUGGAAUACACAGGUAUUGAUUUUUCUUGUUUUUGUUAGUAUACUUAAAAUAUUUAAUCACAUUGAGAAAGCACCAAAAAUCAUUUUGAUGAGUGGCUUGAUUUUUUUUUUUUCCUGAUACAUUUUGACUGAUUAUUAUAACUGAUGAAGAAUAUGGAAAAAAAUGAACCUGAAAUAAAAGCAUUCAAAUU